UGACGUGUUUUCGGCGAGAAACGAGCUACUUGCCUUGACGCGUCUCAUUCUUCUGCAUCCUCUCAAGAUGUACCCUGUUAUUCAAAACGCAGAGGCCAUCAAUGCCUCUGAUAUCUUGUCGUUACCUGUGCACGAGUUUUUCAAGUUAACGCCUCCCGUAGACUGGACGCCUUCGAAAUUCGCUGCGCAUGAUGAUGCCAUCAAUAUGGGACAAUUCGUGCAGGGCCUGUCAGCAAUCAGGCGUGCUGGGAUAGGCACUGUUAACACUUAUGCUGGAGCAUGUCUCAAGUAUUACAAGACAGAGGAGGGCAAGGCUUCGUUGGAUUCUGCGGAACUGGACAUGAGUCUGCGGCGUGCUCACGAGGAGAUGGGCAAGUCGGAGUCGAUUUAUUUAGCUCAUGUGCGAACGAAGCAUUUCUUAAAAGGAUCAAAGGCUGUACAGAGUGACUCGCCAUCCUCAUCUUCCGUUCGCGCCCUAGCCCGUCUACAGCAACGGCAACAACACGGACAACAACAACCCCUGCAGCAGGAGCAGUCGUUAUCUCCAGCGCAGCCAUGCAAGAAGAGCGAUGAAAAGAGAAAGGCAAUCGCUGUCUCUGCUUCUCAGAAGCGUACCCGAAAAGAGAUUCCCCAAUACACAAGGGAACCAAGUCCAAAAAUCGAAGAACCUUGGCAUUCCCUUAUUCACAGUGCUGUGCUCAGUCACUCCGGGUGUCCCGUUGAGCUGCCUCCUCUCUCCGAUGUACCAAAACCAGGAGUCGACUCUCCUUUAAAGACGACAUUGUAUUACCUGGCACUGGACAGUCUUCACACGGCCACCGAAGGGGUCGAUCGUAGUAUACGUCCUUGGAAGGAAUCUUUGGUUGCCCUGUCGGGGAUCUGGAAUCUUUUCUCAAGCAAGGCGAAUAAUCUGUUUGGCGCAGGUCGAACUAACGAGGCAAGGGGUCGCUGCCUUUUGUCGGAUUUGGAGGUCAAAGACGCAAAACUGGAUAUUAUUAUCCAGCCAUUGCUGGAUAUGGUGAAUGCCAGGAAAGGCGCUGAGGAUGUACUGGAUGCUACAUAUGCACUUCAAGCACAGCACCCAGAAUUGCGGUCCUUCCUGGAGGUGUUGCAGACCAUUUUCAAAAAUAUCAUCAAACCACUGCAUGGGAACGAGUCCUCGUCGGAAGCUGAUGCCAUGUUUGUGUGGGCCUCUGUUUUUCGGGAUGGAUUGCCAUUGACCACCGCACUCGACCUUUGCCUAGGCGAGCAAGGAUGCGCCGCUGCUACCCUCUCCAAAUCUCAACUUGCCACGAUUUUCAGCACUGGAAACAGCACUCGAAAGUGCGAUUGUAUUUUGAAGGUGGGAGGUCUGGAGGUGGGCAACUUCGAAGCGAAACGAGCAAAAGCUAGCAUGGAGGAUGUUGCUGUCCAGCGUCUCAAAAACAUCAAGAUCAACAAAAGCAUUCUGCUGGAGCUCGGGCGAUAUGGUCUUGAGUGCCCACCGCUUCUCAAUAUACACGGAUUAUCGGCUUCCAUUUUCCAGAUCCGCAAGUACCAUGACAUCUGGGUGGCAGGAUCUGCUUGUAGUCCGAUUGUCCUGCCAACGACAAGAGACGAGGCCAAAUUCUUCCUCGAGGGAUCGGUCUAUACUCUGUUCAACUUGCUGAAACAUUACGAUCAGUAUGCAGCCAAUGCGUUUUCAACAAAGCAACAAGUCGACUACAGGCAGAAGGCGCAAAAUCAGGAAAGCAAUAUCUACAGCGAGGAGGUUGUGGUGCCUGCAGCCUUGGAAUGGGAAAAGGUUGUUUUUCAUACUCCAUCUCGCUCUUUUCAUGCCAGAAUAUCCUCUUUAAUCGGGAAGCACCAAGAGGUCAAUGUGGAAAGCGAAGAAGAUUAGAAAAAGGAUUGUGGAUAAGGCUUCUCUCUGACUGGAGUCCAGAUGAGGAGGAUACAUGACGCACACAGAGGAGAUAGCAUUGAUACGCCCGUUAAUAUUCUAGGAAUUGACACAUUUUCCGGUCUUCGCCUUCAUAUCCACCUGACGGCACAAUUGGUGAUGAAAGGAUGAACUGAAAGUUUUUUUCGAGAAAUGGAGACGGACAGGGUGCAGUUCAUGAUAAUAAUGCCUGCAAGCAAUGUGAAAGUAUUGCACGUAAAUCUUAGCGCUACGCCAGAGGACACGGACCACGUUGCGCUGCAUAAUGGCAUGCGCUUAAUGUGCCAUUACGCACAUAAUUUAGUUUAGCAAGAUACGUAUGAUUCGAUAACCCGCCAAGGCAGCAAUAAAAUAGCCGUUCCUCUCUCC